AUGCCACUGCCAAUCGCGGCCAAAGUCAGCAUAGCUGCAGUCGGCGUAGCUGCAGCCGUAGCUGUAGCUAUCUAUGAAAGCCCCGAGGUCCGCCGCGUAGCCGAGGACCUACGUAGACGCAUCGCCAUCGCCCUCCGCUCUCUCGGUGACGACUUCGACCCAGACAACCGGCAGCCCCGUUUCAACCGCCCAGAAGACGCUCACGGAUUUUACGAAUCUCACAAUGUUGAUGCUGACGACGAAACACGGAGGAGACAACGAGAGGAACUGAUGUAUUGGAACGCUCGCCGGAACGAACAACAGUCACAAUCGGCCGAAUUGCCCACUCCUCGCCUUCCUACCUUUGAUGACUUCUUACGGCCUGACAACUCUGGUGAACGCGGUACUUUGGUUUACAACACUGGCGCCAAUCCAGCGGAUGAUUCAAACAAUGUGGUUAGACGCCGUGGCAACCUCGAAGGCGUGUGCGGACUGAAUGCUGCAAUGGUUUACAACCCCUUUGCUGAUGAGCACGGUAUCGAAUUGGAAGAGCGCCCUCACAUCGACGAGACGGAAGCCGCCAAUUUGUUGAAGCCCGAUCAUGACGAAACCGUAUCCGAUAUCUAUGCCGCUACUCCCCGCAGCCAGAGCCCUGAGCCCGCGCAAAAGGCUGUUGCUGCUACCAACCCUGAAGUUCUCUUUGAUUUCGACUCGCAAUCCAACGAUACCAGCCUCCGUGAUCAGUUUCCCGACGCCUAUGGGAAGACCGAGGAUGGGACUCACACUCCCACCACCCGCAGCGAGACCAUCGGCCGCGAGGAGGAGCAAGACAUGUCUGCCAGCUACAGCAGCACCCAGUCUGAUGCCUAUGCCUCGAUUCAGGCGUGGGCUCAGUCUAACACUGGGUUUUACUCGCCUCUGCCUGUUACGCCUGAGCCACCGAUGUCUGAUGGGGAGUACCUCAGCCAAGGACAGAGAACGCCUAGCGAUGACACUGCCUCUAUCGCUGAAUCUGGCGUUGAUGUCAACUUUGAUGCUGCUUCCUCCAAGGAUGGGGACUAUGGCAUCAUGAGCGAUAGUGACGAUGGGAUCGCCACUCCUGGUAGCUGGUCCGAGGUUGGCAGUGUGAUUAGCGAGACUGAGAGCGUUGCUCGGGCUUAG